CACCACCCGUUGGGCUCAUUCACCAUGUCCGCUCCUUCUCUCGCUAGUUACAUCGCCAAGCGCCCGAUGCUGAAGCGCUGGAUGAUGCCGAUUGCCAACUGGUACACCGAUGCCGCCGGUUACAGGAAACUCGGUCUGCGGUAGGCCACACCUUCUCUCGGGCAUUGUGGACAGGCGAUCCGGGUUGUUGGGGUAUAUGGGAGCAGGACAGGUGGAAUUGGUGGUGCAGCGACCGUCCACUGGCUGCCUGGUCCAUAUCCAUAUCUCCGAUGAUCCGGGGAGCAUUUUCACGUCAUCAUGUCAUGGACAGCCAGCAUGGACAUCAGCUAACAAUAACCAGCGCGGACGACCUGAUCCCCGAAGAGACCGAGACCGUCCAGAAGGCGCUCAAGCGUCUGCCUCCCAAGGAGGCCUACGACCGUGUCUUCCGUAUCCGCCGGGCCUUCCAGUGCUCCAUCUCCCACAACCUUCUCCCCGCUGCUGAGCAGGUCAAGCCCGAGGAGGACGUCGAAUACCUCAGCCCCAUCAUCCGUGCGAUCGAGAAGGAGGCCGCCGAGCGUGCGGAUCUCGACAACCUCGUUGUCAAGCGGUGAAUCGCUCGACCCUCGAGGGUUCGUUCUGGUUAGAAAGACAAGAUUCAGCGGAGGGCAUAGACGGAGGAAAAGCAGGGGCUUGUUGCGAAUUGCGUGCUGUGCUCC